AGAUGGCGACUCCCAUGCAUCGGCUCAUAGCUCGGAGACAAGCUGAAGCAAAUAAGCAACAUGUAAGAUGUCAGAAAUGCUUAGAAUUUGGACAUUGGACUUAUGAAUGCACAGGAAAAAGAAAAUACCUACAUAGGCCUUCAAGAACAGCAGAACUAAAGAAAGCUUUAAAAGAAAAAGAAAACAGAUUAUUAUUAUUACAACAAAGCAUCGGAGAAACUAAUGUAGAAAGAAAGACGAAGAAAAAAAGGUCUAAGAGUGUCACCAGUUCCAGUAGCAAUAGCAGUGACAGUUCAGCCAGUGAUUCUUCAUCUGAGAGUGAAGAAACAUCUACCUCAUCCUCCUCAGAGGACAGUGACACCGAUGAAAGUUCCUCCAGUUCAUCGUCUUCAUCCUCCUCCACGAGCUCUUCCUCGUCCUCUGAUUCAGACUCAGAUUCUAGCUCUUCCAGUAGCAGCAGCACCAACACAGAGAGCAGCUCCGAGGAUGAACCACCAAAGAAGAAGAAAAAGAAAUAG